UAUGAAGAGUGAACGCUAAAUAAUCUUAAAACUAUUAUAUUUUCAAUACAAAUAACGAAAAAACUAUAUAUAUACAUACGCAUAACUUUUGAAUAUUAUAAUAAUAUUUAUAGAUCAGGCUAUAGCUGUUAUAAAAAUUCAAUGUUUCAACAUGAACCACGCUCAAUUAAUAUGUCAUCUAAAACUUGUACGUAUAAAACAAAAUUAAAAACACACGCAAUACUAUUGCCCCUCGUUUCAACAUAAAUAUACUUCAAUAAUUUAAUUUUAAUUCGUUUAUAAUUCGUAUGUGUAUGUAGAUGUUUUGUACCAUAAUAAUGUGCUUUCCCCAAAUUAUUAUUGGUGGUUCGUUUAUAUUCUCUUCUACACUUUUGGAACAACUUCGAGAACCUUCGUCGUCCAUAAACCUAAAUAUUGAUCAGGAAUCUUGGAUAGGUGAGUAUGUAAAUGGAUAUUAUAGAAGUGCAUUACAGAUUUUUCGAGUAAAGAGUUUAAAAUUGCGUUAAAUGCGUUAAUAAUUACAUUCGAGUGCUUUUUUUUCAGUUGAAAAUUCAGAGGUUUUCUUACAAAAAUGUAAAAAGUGACGUAAGUAAUUAUACUACUCUAACAUUAUUUUUUUUGAAUAAAACUGACUCUUCUAAAGUAAUUAGAUUUGUAUAGUUACUUACCAGUCCUUUAAUGGGUUAUAGAUAAUUUAUAAUGUAUACUUGUUAAUUUAUUUGUUACUACAAAUAUUGUUUACAAUACUCGAAAAAUUUAACUUAAAUAGUAGGUAAUUAUAUAAAAUAUGUAUACAGUAUCUAUACAGAGUUAUAAAUUAACUGCAAUGAUUACAAAAAUGCAUUGUCAAACAAAUUUAAUGUAAAAUAUGGUUAUGUACCAUUUUGAUAUUUUAUUAUUACUUUUCAGCUAGUAUUUCUGUGCUUUUAUGUCCAGUCGGUUUUCUCGCGGUCGGACUGUUAACAGAUAAAUAUGGGAGAAGAAAGACUCUUCAAAUUAUAUACGUGCCGUUGAUUUUAAGUUGGAUAACGUUUAUAAUAGCUGAUUCAUACAGAAUGCUCGUGACCGCGAGAAUUUUAAUGGGAAUCCCUUUAAGUAAGUUUUUAUUUUAUACUUAAAGUUUUCAAUUUGAUAAGUAAUUUUAUGUAGCUAUACAUGUAAAAAUUUGAAUUGAAAAAUCAUAGUUUAUUCAUUUAGACCAUAAAAAAAGGAAUUUGUAAUACAUUGUAUAACUUUAAAUGGGGUUUGUUUUAGAUUUCAUAAAUUAUUGUAUAUGUCUGUUAACAUUUGUUUUACUCGACAUUUAGACAUUUUACAAUAAGAUUAAAGUGAAAAUUGUUAGCACAAAAUAUACAAAGUAUUUAAAAAAUCAUUAUUUUUAAACAACGCGGUGUAAUCAAUAACAAAUAUCUAAUAGUUUUACUUAGAUUCUUGUAUUAUCACCUUAAAAUGUCAUAUCGUAAUGUAAUAAUAAUAAUUGUCAUAAAUACCGGUCAAUAUAGGCGCCGCUACUUGUACGACGAUGUACAUAGUUGAAUCAUGUCCGGCUAAUGUACGUUCAUUGCACUUUUCUCUGGUCACCGUAUGUUCGAGUACUGGUAUGAUGUUGGAAUGCAUACUGUCCAUUUAUUACCAUUGGAAAACCAUAUCCGCUAUAAUGUGCGUGAUGUGUGUUGUCAACCUACUUACACUAUUCUCGGUGCCAGAGCCAUCGAUUUGGCUGAGGGCGAAAGGCAGAAUCGAAGAGGCGGAAAAAGUCGAUAAAUGGUUUGACUUAAGGCAUAUAACUGUUGCGAACGCUGCCGAAUCUUCAGCGAAUACGGUCAACAAAGGCGACGGCCCUCAUCUCGAAAACACGACCGACACUAAGGACAAGCCAUAUUGGUUAUUGUUUAUACAUCCAACAGUUUGGAAACCUACGUUGAUCCUGUUAAUUUUCUAUAUCUGCCAGCAAGGCUCUGGUUUAUAUGUCCUGCUUUUCUACACAAUGGACGUGCUCCGAGAUUUUAGAGUCCCGUGGGAUAGCAACACCGUGUCCAUAUUCUUGUCUGUUGCUCGUCUACUGGGCGGCAUAUCUUUCGGAUUACUUCACUGGUGUAAAAAGAGAACAAUGGUUGCAAUUUCUGGCGGGUCUAUGGCAGGAUCUCUGAUCAUCGCUAUAGCAUAUUCAAAAAUGUUCAUAAACGUCGAACACCCGCCAUAUAUGGUGAUAUUAGUGUUCGCGUUCGUGGCAUAUAUGUUUUUCGCUUUAAUAGGACUAUUAACAAUGCCUUGGGUCUUAAGUAGUGAAUUGUACCCGAUUUCCGUUAAAGGUAAGUUUGAUUAAAAACAACUAAGUAAAGUGAAUACAAUAUUACGUACACAGUUUAUACGCAUCGAUUGUAAGUAGACGAUCCACUUUUAACGUAAUAUUAUUCUUUAUUUAAACAAAUAGUACAACUACAGUUUAGCACGCUAAAUGGAUCAUCGCUUAAUACUGUCCAAAAAAAAUAUUAUAUUGUAUAGGUAUACAUAAUUAUAUAGCUACCUGUAUAAAUGCAUUGUAUAUAACCUAUAUAGGUAACAUAUUUUAAAAUAGCUAUCAAAUAUGGGCUUCUGUCAAAAACGUACCUAUCCCUUUUCCAUCGAAUUUCGUUUCCGCAAAAAUCAUAAAAUUAGUCGAUUCCCCUUUUCGCCAAUUCACUUUUAUGCCAAAUGAAAAAAUUAGUCAAUAUUUGAAUAUUAAUGGACAAUUGUGUACAUUAAAAUUUAUUAAUUAGACAAAAAAUUAUAAAGUUUCUUCUAUUUACGAAUGACCUAAAUUGUGUUUAUUAUUUAUUGAAUACAAAGUGAAAAUAAUUGUUAAUACUCAUAACGAAUGUCUACUAAUCACAGUUUUUUAGACAAAAAAUAUCAAAAAUAUAAUCACUUGUUUUAUUAUUUUAUAUGUUUAAAUUGAUUAAUAUUAUUAUUAUGAAUUUGAUUUAUGAUACAAUUAUCGAUUAAUAUUCAAAUAUUAGACUAUUUUUUUUUAUUUGGCGAAAAUGCGAAUUGGCGGAAAAGGGAAAGUUAAAUUUUCGACGGAAAUGGGUAACUCCCAUCAAAUAUACGUCAUAGAAAGUAGAUACCUUACCUCACCAAUCAUUAUUCAAUGGCACCUUCAGUAUUUACAUGAUAUAAGAGAUUCGAUAUAUCUGUCCAAUAUCUAUUUAGGUACCUCUUUAAAAUUUAAAUAUGCAUUUCCAAUUGUAAAAUUUACAAUACGAUUAUAACAAUAUAAUCUAAUUUAAAAUAAAAUAAUUUCUAUCUUAUGUACACUCUUAAAGUUUUAUUGAUUUACCUACUUAUACAGUAUUCCAAUUCAAAUAAUAGAGAUAAAUAUUUCUUGUGUCUAUUAUGACAGUUCAAGGGCAAUUUCAUGUUCAGGACAUACAAUUUAAAUAAAAUCACUUCGAAAAUUCGAAAUACUUUAACAAUUAUUUAACACGAAUUAAUGAUUAAAAAAUGGGGAAUUAGUGAAAUAGGUAUUUCAAAUGUUCAUUGUGUAUAUGGUAUGGUCCAAGUGGAAAUAUAGUUCAUUUUAAACACUGACCGGUCAAUAUAUUUUGACCGUAUAAAUUAUAAAAAAAUGUGUUUCUCACAAAGACUAGUCAUUGUGUUGCAAUGUCUGGCUAUUGUAAACUAGUGUGGUCGUUGCGUAUAAUGUGUCAUAUUAAACGUAUAAGCAAUAAUAUGUAAUAUAUUCUGUGGUAUAAGUUUAUUUUAGUAACUACUUGCCAAGUGUCAUUAGUAAAUAGUCAAUAGACAUUGUAAUAGACAAUAUCGUUUUUGAUGCACUGGGAAAAGUAUAAUUUUAAUAUGCGGGCAAUCUGGACGCGUUAUCGCAAUUUUCGGUGCACGUUUGUACUGUGAUAUACGUUGGUGCUUUCGUUUUUGCAUGUUCGUAUUAUUGUAAAAAUGAAAAUUAAACUCAUUUUUAAAAUUAAAAAGCAUAAUAGUGGUCAAUAUUUCAGUUAUUUAAUUUUAAUCAAAUGCCAUAAUGCCAGUACAUGUACUAUGUAUUAAUAAAUAAGUAUAACAAACCUAAUAUUUAUAUUGUUAUUAAUAAUUCUCAAAAAUACGCUGAAAAUAUCAAACAUUUUUUACACGUGGCACUGACAGUAUUAGUCAAUGUAUAGCGCAUACAGUGUCUAGUCUAUAUAAUUAUCGACAUGGCUUUAAAAUCUCGAGUGUUGUGUACUAUUCCCAGUCAGUCAGUGUUUACAAUGAUAAUUUUUCUACUUGGGUCGUAACAUAUACAUAAUAUAUAUACACGAGUAUAAUGUUGUUUAUUUGUAAAAAAAAAAAACUGACAAUCCCAUCACAUUUCGACAAUUUUCCUAUUGUUGAUAUUUUUAAUUAGGUACCUAUAAAAAUAUAAUAAACCUAGUAAUUUAUUGUGAAAAAUAAAAUUGUUAUUAACGUAUUCGUAUUUUUCUUAUAGGUGUUAUGAAUGGAUUAGCGUCAUCGUUUGGAUAUGUUAUAUGUUUUUUUGUUUGCAAAAUCUAUCCAUAUAUGAUAAAAUAUUUUGGAGUGGAAAUUGUAUGGUCAAUUUUUGCUUUAUUUUGCUUAUUAACCGUCUUAUUUGCCAUUUUCAUAAUGCCAGAAACAAAAGGAAAAUCUUUAGAGGAAAUCCUGUCGUAUUUUGAAUCACACAAAGAUAUAAAAAAUAAAAAUGUUCCUUAAUGUUUUAUUUUAAUUAAAAUAUCAAAAAACAAAAUCUAGUUUUAUUAUAAUUAUGCUUUAAUAUUAAAAUAAUGUAAGUAAUUUAAAAAAACUGAACAAAAAUUAUAGUAACUACACUAUAUAAUAUUGAAUAGCGAAAUUGAAUAAUUGUAUUUAUUAUUUAUAGGGUAUUUAGGGGGUUUUGAAAUACAGUUUUGUAAUACUGUAACUACCGCUUUGAAAUGCGGUACAUCAGUGAAUAUGACGUGUGCUAAAUAAUUUAAGGUAAUUAUAUGUACAAUAAUAAACCGUAAUGGCA